UUCUCCAGAAAACGUUGCUCUAGAGCAGCUCGACGCGAUCUUUCAUUCGAUACCCGAAAGUGUGAUAAAUAGCAUGGCAAAAGAAUAUCAAAAAAUUAUAUUUUCAAGGAAAAGUUUUAAAGAACUUUAAGGAAACACCACAAAAAUUGCAAUUGAGACUGUGAUAUUUAAAAAUCAAAGAAUACAUUUGAAAUUAUUAGCAUAAUAAUUCAUUUAAGAAAUUUUUCAAAACAUAAAUUAAAAGUUCAACAUGUGGUUCAACAUUUUCAACUCGGGAAUUUUUUAUAAAGAUUUUCGCCGUCAGCUGCUCGUCACAUUAAGUGCAACACUCAUUACAUUCUGUCAUGGCAUUGGAUUGGGCUGGUUGUCGCCGAUGCUGCCGCUGUUGCAGUCACCGGAUGAGACACCACUUAGCUUUGUGAUUGAUGUGCAUCAAGCCUCCUGGCUGGGUGCUGUCAUCAGUCUGGGCGGUGUCACUGGCAACUUCUUCUUCUCCUACCUGAUGAAUCGCUUCGGCCGCAAGGUGUCACUUUAUGUUCUCGCGAUACCCAAUACGUGCAUUUGGUUUCUGUUCUACUUUGCGCAAUCCGUUGAAUGGCUUUAUGUGGCCAGAGUCUGUGCUGGCUUAACGGGAGGCGGCAUGUUUGUGGUCCUGCCCAUUUUCAUUGGAGAAAUCGCCGACAACAGUGUGCGUGGCAGACUCUGCUCCUUCUUCACGCUGGCCAUCAACACGGGCAUCUUCAUUGGCUUCAUCAUUUCGUCGUAUGUGCCUUAUCAUGUCAUUCCCUGCGCUGUGGUCGCUCUCCCGUUGCUCUAUCUCGUUAUGUCCACACGUUUCCCGGAGCCACCGCAACAAUUGUUGCGCUGGGGACGCGAGGAGGAGGCCCAACAAUCACUUAAGUAUUACCGCAACUGCGAUGGCCCAAUGCCAAGUGCAGAGGCACAGCGUGGCUAUCAAAAGCAGUUCGAUGAGAUGCGACAGGCAAUUCAAGCGCAACUAAAGGAGCAGAACAAUGAGAGUCUCACGCUCGCCGAUUUCUGCAACAAGACAGCUGUGAAGGCAAUAGUCACCGGAUUGGUGCUGAUGAUUGCCAACAUCUUUACGGGCACAUUCGCCUUCAUCAACUACAUGUCGAACAUCUUCCAGACGGUGCACACACAACUGGAGCCAAACACCAACACAAUCAUCAUUGGCGCCGUCCAAAUUGUGGGCACAUUGGCCUCCAUUUAUCUUGUGGAUCGUUAUGGUCGUAAAAUCCUUUUGGUGGUCUCGUGUGCUGGCAGCGCUUUGGGCACCGCUGCCUUUGGCAUCUACGCUUUCUACGCGGAGGAAACCGAAGUGGAUCUAUCUGCUUUUUCUGCUUGGUUGCCUGUUUCCAUCAUGGCCUUUAUCAUCUUUGUGGCCAAUGUGGGCGUCAUCUCGGUCACUAUGGUCGUCUUGGUUGAGGUUUUGCCAUACAAGAUUCGAGCUGUGGCCACGAGUGCGUGUCUCGGUUGCUUGAGCUUCUUUGCCUUCACUUCCCUAAAGGUAUUCCCGCUGAUGAUGCACUACUUGGGUCUGGCUGCCACCAUGUGGGGUUGUGCUGCGGUCAGCGCUCUCUGCCUCUUCUACGUCUCCGUGUUCCUUGAGGAGACUAAGGGCAGAUCCAUCAUAUGAAGCUCUCACUUUUCAUCCAUUACAUUUAAGUGUAUGCUAAAUAAAGGUUUUUCUUAAGCAAACAUAA